CUCCCAAGGAAACGUUAAAAUAAAGGAGCUGUUCUCAGAGUCAGUGAAUAGACACACGAACCCAAAGGUCUAAACAUCUGGAAAGUCCUGGAGGAAGAGAAUGGCUGGACUCAUCUGGAUUCUGCUUUCUGCGUGCCUGCUGGGUUGUACCUCUCAGGUUUCUCUUUCAGAUCAGAAACACAUCACAGCUAAGUCUGGACAAGACGUCACUCUGACAUGUCAAGCUGCAAACAAGAACAUCCAGACUGUGGAGUGGAGCAGAGCUGACCUGGGAGAUGAAUAUGUUUUUUUGUAUCGAGAUGAGGUGUUUGUUCCAGAAAACCAGCAUCCAUCUUUUAUGAACCGGGUGGAUCUACAGGACAAACAGAUGAAGGAUGGAGACGUGUCUGUGAUUCUGAAGGAUGUGACACCUGCUGAUAGUGGAACAUAUGAGUGCCGUGUUACGAUAAAAACAAAUCGCAGGAAGAGAGCAAAUCUGGAUAAUGACCCCAUCUGCAUCAUCACCGUGAGUGUUGUUGAUCCUCCAGGUCAGACAGGAGGACACACAGAGGAUGACUGCACUGUACUGAUCAUCUGUCUGUUUGUUUUUGUUGUCUUCGCUGUCACUGCUGUUGCUGUUGCUGGAUUUGUGAUCUACAGAAAGCAUAAAAAUGCAAAAGAAAAAGAACUUCUGAUCCCGUCCCAAUAUCUCAAACCUCUUAAUAGGGCUGCCACAAACUAUUAUUUUGAUAGUCGACUAGUCACCGAUUAUUUUUGCGAUUAGUCGACUAAUCAGAUCAUGCAUCCAUUGAACGUAAAACGUACAGCUUAUUUCACCAGCAUGCAUC